CGACGUGCGCUUGGUUUAAUAUCCUUCAUUGUCUUCCUUGCACUCGUUUCAGUGUUGUAAAGAACUGCCAAACGCCAUUGAUUCUUUAUCGCUUGGCUACAAAAGUGAGACGUAAGGCAGUGUAAUAAAGUUUAUUUUCAAUUGAACAUCUUAGUUUACACGUGCGCGAGUAAAUAAAUCCGGCAAGUUUAAUGCAAAACUUUUGGUUUACGCUUUAUGGUAAAUAUUUGGUGUACGUCGUAUAACUGUUUUAUAGUUCUAGUAAAAUGUUUGGUUUAAUUGUGCUAGGUCAAGAGCGGGCGUUCGACAGGCGUCCUUGCGACGGGUAAAUAUUAUUGUCUAAGCGGGUUUUCCGCUGUUUGGGUGUUUGUAUGAGUUUGUGGAUGAUACAGACAGGGGAUCCGCCAGUGCAUUGACCUACAUAUUCUCAUUACAUAUCUACACUACCUUCAACCCUUCUUAGAACUUGUUACUCGAUCGCUAAUUAAAAAGCGGUCUCCGUCCGUUCUACUAAUACGAUCAUAAAAGGGUAGGUAUAGAAACUUUGACUAUUGUUGGCUUCCCCAUUAAACUUGUUUAGCUUUCAACUUUACUAACUUAUUUUUUAUACGUGCUAUUUCAUUUUUGUAAUAUUGCCAGUCUGACGUGUACCGGUAUAGCAGCAGGUUCUAUCCCUGGUGCGCGGUGGGUAAAAGCUUUAGCGAGUUUAGCUUUGCCAAUAACCUAGUGUGUAGAGGCGGGCGUGGGUGUGGUGGGGCGGCAGCGGGGCGGCGCUGGGCGGAACACAGCGGAGGUGCGGCGCGCGCGCACUGUGAGCUCGCACGCGCCCCGACGCACACGCACGUGCACGCAUGAAGACCGAGGACCAGACCACCGAGGAGGCGGCGCGCCGCCCGCCCGCCACCAGGCGACAGGAGAAGCCACCCUACUCCUAUAUCGCCCUCAUAGUUAUGGCAAUUCGCCACUCGCCCAACAAAAGGCUGACGCUUAGUGAGAUCUAUGCGUUUUUGCAACAACAGUUCCCGUUUUUCCGCAGUUCCUAUCAGGGCUGGAAGAAUUCCGUUCGGCAUAACUUAAGCUUAAACGAAUGUUUCGUGAAGUUGCCCAAGGGGCUGGGUAGGCCGGGGAAGGGUCAUUAUUGGACAAUAGAUCCGUCUUCAGAGUUUAUGUUUGAGGAGGGUUCGUUCAGAAGAAGGCCGCGUGGCUUUCGGCGCAAGUGUCAGGCUUUAAAGCCUCAGUUCGGGAGCGGAAGUUACCUUUGCGGAGGAGGUGUGCCGUCACUGCCACCGUCUCAGGCGUCGGGGUACGAGUUGGCCGGUGGAAGCGGCGCGGGUGCGGGUAGCAGUGGCUCCAUCGACUACGGAGCUUGUGCCUACUCGCACGCGAGUUCUGGCCAGCAGCUGGCGUACGGCGGCGAGUACUGCGCAUACGGGGCCAUCAACGAGCGCGAGUGGCCGCUGGCGUACGGCGGCGUGGAGCCCGGCUACCGGCCGCCGCCGGCCUCGCCGCCGCCGCACCACGAGCUGCCGGACCUCAUACCCAACUACCAGUACGCCGUUGCCAACGACCAUGGCACGACGCCAAUGUUCGCGGGGAUGCGCGGCGUCCACGGCCAAAUGUUGUCUGGGGGUUCCUCGAUCAGCGGCCUGGGGAGCUUCGGGCUGCCGUCGCCGCUGCCGGCACUGCCUCCAGACCGCAAGGUCUACUCGACCCCGCCGCCGACGCCGCUGCCCACGCUGCCCUCCUCCGCCUCAGUCCCCACGCCGGGCCCACCGCCAUCGUCCUCUUCGACUGUGCAUACAUACUACCAAUAAACAAUAGAAUAACGGUAUUCAUCAACUCCUGAAAACAGCUGACAAGUUGUGUUUUGACAAGCGUUGCUCACGGAAAAAACCGUAUUCAAGAGCAACGACAGAAAAAUGUCGGUUUUAAGCUUUUCUUUGUCAAUAACUUCUAAAAUUAAGAGUUAUUGGUACAUUUAAGUAACCUUAUCAUCGUUUAUGCUUAUCAAAACGUUACUUGUCGUCAAGCCCUGGUUGAGUUGAUUAAUAUCGGUAUUUUAUUCCUUUUGUACUGCAACGUGUACGACGCAGCAGACAGGCUAUAGACUCUUCGAAGCAAGAGGCGUUAAGAGACCUUACAAUGUGAUGUUAUAUUAUUUGCUGUCAGAUUAGGGAAGCUUCAGUAAACUGCUUAAACUUAACGUAAGUCCGGACUCCAAACUAGAAAGUUCUAAUGUUACAAUACUUCACGAGUUAUUCGCGGCUUAUAACAACUUGCAGUUAAAUAUAAUUCAGAAUAUUCAACUUUACAAACGUAUGCUGGCGCCAGCAGCCGACACAGAUGAUCAAUGUCAUUCCAAUCGUAAUAAAUAGCGUUGAUUUCCAACUCACGCUAUGUUUGCACGAAAAUCGAAGCCAAUUUUCAACCACGCGCUAAGUAUUAAUAAUAAAAUGUAGAAAGCUGAUAUGCUAUUGUUUUUUUGCAUAUUUUAUGCAGUUUUAGCAUAUUUUCUAAGUAUAUAAAGUUGGAUUGGUGUUAUUCGCUUAUCACACUAAUAUCCUCUAAGAUCAUUUUGACUUCUAGGCAAAAUGUUUUACACAAUAAGUGGUAGGUAUUACCCGUGCUUCUCGCGAAAGCUGUAGUCAUUUCUAUGAUAAGAAUUCACUGAUUUAUUUGAUUACAAACUAAGCUGUUUAUCGUAUUAAUUAAAUUUGUAUUUGUCGCUUGAUCGGUGCCAAAAUAAAAAGUGAAUUGACGGACUGAUGUCCCAAAGAUAUAUUAGUAGUAACCGUAAUCGUUAGUGUAUUAGUGAUCGUUUCAUUUAGACAAAUACGUAAUUAGUGUAAAAUUUAGUUUAAGUUAGAUAUAACUGUACUCUAGACGAAUAUAUAAUUAACUUACUCAUUGUAGACCAUAUGUAUUUAUUUUUAUAUUUUAAAUACCAAACUCUUCAGUGUACAAAAUGAAUGCUGCACGCAUUUUUUCAUUUAUUGCUAAAAGUACGCGCAUCUUUUAGUAAUCUAAUAGAUAUCAGGGAAUCUGUAAUGGUAUAGUAUCUAAUCACAUCGGUUUCCGUAGCUAUGACAGGAUUCAAGAAAUAAAUCGCUAACAGUUUUCCCGUCUUGUUAUUGAAAGGGACGCCAUCUGACGCAGUGCGUUGCGUCUUAAAAGUUGAUCGAAUCAAAUCAUCAUACCUUCUAGAAUUAUUCGCUUCGCUGCUCUUUGAUAUAAAAUGUAAAUUAUAUACUUAGGAGUAAGUAUAGACUGCUUUGUAAGUAGGUACAAUUAUAUUGAUUAUUCUGUUCAAAUAUUUUUUUUUGUAUCUAACAUAAAUUUCACUACAGGGCCCCGAUACAGCUAUUUUACAAUGGCCGAUGAAUUAAUGGCAAUUGAAUUAAAUUUGAAAUU